CGACCUCGACGCGGCAAAUCUCGGCGUCCGACCUGAAUGAAAGCGACUUUUUGGCGGAACUUCCUAUAAAUAUGUUGUGCUAGUAUCGUGAAGGCUAAGAACGAUGAGCUUCUCUAGCGAUGAAGUUAAUUUCUUGGUUUACCGAUACCUGCAAGAGUCCGGAUUUCAACAUUCUGCCUACACAUUUGGUAUAGAAUCACAUAUAUCACAGAGUAAUAUAAAUGGAGCAUUAGUACCACCAGCAGCACUUUUAUCAAUCCUUCAGAAAGGGUUACAGUAUACAGAAGCAGAGAUAUCAAUAGGUGAAGAUGGCACUGAACAAAGAAUGGUGGAAUCAUUGUCCCUUAUCGAUGCUGUUAUGCCUGAUGUUGUUGCAUCAAGGCAAAAUCAGAUUAAUCAGCAGAAACAACAGGUGAAAACAGAAGUACAAGAUACAAAUGGGGAAGAAGUUGUCACCUCCAAUGAAGGUGUAGGUACAAAUGAGAGAGCGGGAGAUAGGACAGAAAUGGAAGUGGAUGAACAGCAACAAGGAACAGGAACAGGAACUACCGCUAGCGCUGUUGAAAUUCCAGCAAGUAAAGCUACAAAAUUGCGUGGUCAUGAAUCAGAAGUUUUCAUAUGCGCAUGGAAUCCAACAACUGAUCUUUUGGCAUCUGGUUCUGGUGAUAGCACAGCUCGUAUUUGGGAUAUGUCUGAUAAUUCUCAGGCACCGAAUCAGCUCGUUCUUCGUCACUGUAUACAAAAGGGUGGUACCGAAGUUCCAAGUAACAAAGAUGUUACUUCAUUGGAUUGGAAGUGCGACGGUACCUUAUUAGCAACCGGAAGUUACGAUGGUUAUGCACGAAUUUGGACAACGGACGGUAGAUUAGCUUCUACCUUAGGGCAGCACAAAGGUCCAAUUUUCGCAUUAAAAUGGAAUAAACGCGGUAACUAUAUAUUGAGCGCUGGUGUCGAUAAAACAACAAUUAUAUGGGAUGCUGAAAGUGGACAGUGUACUCAACAAUUUAGUUUUCAUUGUGCGCCUGCUUUGGAUGUCGAUUGGCAAACAAAUACAUCAUUUGCUAGUUGUUCCACAGAUCAGUGUAUUCAUGUAUGCAAGCUUAACGUUGAUAAACCAAUCAAGAGCUUCCAAGGACACACGAAUGAAGUUAAUGCUAUAAAAUGGGAUCCUCAAGGCAAUCUGUUGGCCAGUUGUUCGGAUGAUAUGAGUCUUAAAAUUUGGUCAAUGAAACAAGAUACAUGGGUGCACGAUCUUCAAGCUCACAGCAAAGAAAUAUAUACUAUUAAAUGGUCGCCAACUGGCCCUGGAACUCAUAAUCCAAAUAUGAAUUUAACAUUAGCUAGCGCAUCAUUUGAUUCUACCGUAAGGUUAUGGGAUGUAGAAAGAGGUGCAUGCAUCCACAAACUUACGAAACACACGGAGCCAGUGUAUAGUGUAGCAUUUAGUCCAGAUGGUAAAUUUCUUGCUAGUGGAAGUUUUGACAAAUGUGUUCAUAUUUGGUCCACUCAGAGUGGUCAACUGGUACACAGUUACAAAGGUACAGGAGGAAUUUUCGAAGUGUGUUGGAAUAGUCGAGGAGAUAAAGUUGGUGCUUCUGCAUCCGAUGGGAGCGUGUUUGUACUUGACCUUCGUAAACUGUGAUCGCAAUCGUACUAUAGACUAUACUUAAUUUUUCGGACUCAUUACGGUUCUAAGUUACCUUCAUUGCUUUCUAUUUUGUUUUUAUUCGGUUCUUCAUUUUCGAAAAUACUGGCGAUGUUAUACAACUAUUCGAACUAUUUGUGCUUGUUGAAUAUGAUUUAAUAGAGUAUUAAUUAUUUAUAUAUAGGACUAAAAUGGUUUAAUAGUUUACGAGUUGAUAGAAUUUGAACAUAUAUAUAAUGAAAAUAAUAAAUUUCCUUUAAUUAUCUUCCCGAUAAUCUGUUAGAAAAUGUUCACAAAAAUAAUUGUACAUUAAUAUUCUCGAUUGUGACCAUUGUACAGUUUGCAACAGUUUGACAGUCAUAUUUUCAGAGAAAAAUGAAAUAUUAUCUUCAUUCGCUGGAAGUGAAUGAGGCACAUGUUGUAAUUGUAAUAAUACUAAGUAUUAUAUAAACAUUGCUGAUAAGUAAAAAAAGAAAAUAAACUUUUAUAAAGAAUAGUA